AUGGAGGGAGCUCAACAAGAAAGAAGGCGGAGCUUGCAGUUGCCUCCACAAAUAUCAGAUCUAAGAGCUGUGUUAUUCGGUAUGACUGGAUCAGGAAAGAGUGCAUCAGGAAACACCAUUCUGGGAAACAAUGUGUUCAGGGAAAGUUUGUCUCCAUCUGCUGUUACUUCAACUUCUCAGAUAGGGAUAGCAGUGAUUGGUGAAAGAGAAAUUACAGUCAUUGACACUCCAGGACUGUCAGUUACAUCAUUUAGUGAAGACACACUGAGGACAGAAAUGAUGAACAGUGUCAGCAUGUCAUUUCCUGGUACUCACGCGUUCCUGCUGGUGAUCAAACUGGGUGUGACAUAUACAAAUAAGGAAAAAACUGUGAAAUUGAUUCAGAAGAACUUUGGAACAGAUGUUUUAAACCAUGCGAUCGUUCUUUUCACUCAUUCGGAUCAGCUGAGGGAUAAAUCUUUACCUGAAUAUAUCUCAGAGAGUACAGAUCUACAGAUUUUAAUUGACAGCUGUGGAGGCCGAUACCAUUCAUUUAACAAUACAGACAGAGAGAAUCAAGAUCAGGUUGAAGAGCUGCUGGUGAAUAUUGAGAGAAUGGUGGAGGAGAACAGGGGAAACCUUUUUACUUUAGAGAAGUUUAAUCAGGCUCAGAAACACAUUAAAAGGAUAAAGAUACUAAAGAUGGUUUUAUUAGCAGCUGUGCCACUAGAUGCUUUGUGA